UUUCAAAUAUUUGACAAUUUUUUAGUUGAAUUCCUACUGUUUUGAGCACAUAACGGUAAAAAUUAUUUGACGAUUUCUUAUCCAGCCCAAAAAUUGUCAUAAUAGAAAUUUUCCAUUCCUUGAUCAGUCUAUAUUUGCCGAUGUGCGCAAUUAUUCCGCUUUGUUUCCAAAUUAGCGACUACAUAAUUGCUCCACAAAUAAUCCAACCGUGUCGUCAAUUCAAAAUUUAUACAAUUUUCCCAAAAUUCACCGCUGGCCAUUUUCCAAAACACAUGUUUGAAUGAAUGCUAAUGUUUUAUUAAAUUUAUGACCCCCAUGACAUUUCACAUGACAGUUCAUAUAAAAAAUAAAUGAUUAUCUUUUUUUGGUAGUAAAUCAUAAUAAUUUAUUCCGAAACACCAGUCAAUCAAAUUGUCAUUUUUAUCAUAAUUUUUCAUCAGCUCUGCCCAAUUUAUUCGAAAUUCGACUUUUGGCCGUCCUCCAAGAAACCUCUCAGACAAUAAUUCUGAAUGAAUCAAAGCUUUUUCUCAAUUUAAUUCACGACCACAAUGAAUUUUCCUGUCUCAAUAACCGCCCACGAGUGACAAAAGCCGAAACAAUUGCUCUUUUCCGAAUAAAUCAAACUGUCAAAAUAGCGGAAAUCGAGUGUGUCAGUGUCAAAUUUUUCACUUGACGCACGCCGCCUCGAAAUUCGAACGGAUUUACUUUGGCAAAGCCGUGAUUUAUUUAAAGCCAGACAAACGCGUGUCCUGCAACCUUUAAUAUUUUGAAAUUGAGAAAAAUCGUCCCCCGAUCUAGGAAGCUAUUGACUCAUUUGUUUGUAUAUAAACAGAAAAUUGCUAUAAAUAGCCAACGUAACCUUAAUCUCGUUUUUUUGUAAAAUUCGCGAUAAUAAUAGAGGAAAUCGUGGAAUUGUUUAAUUAGAAUGACAUUAGUCACGUUGUGGAAAAAUCGCAAAACGGAAGUUUCUCAAUUUUCGAUUUGUUUAAUUCAUAUCGAGUAGGCGCGUGUCAUAAACGCGUUACGUGAUGUUCCAAUCAAGGAGGCUAGAGGAAAAUGACAACAAUUUUGUUAAUAAAGCCCCAUUCACACAUCGUUGGCGCUUUAUUCAAGCUUACGUCACGCGCGCAUUACGAAAUAAAGGGGUUUAUUUUGUCGGAAUUCAAGAGCGCCAUGACAUUUUCCUCGAGUGAUUAAUUGACAAUUAAAACGAUCAUUUUCUGGUCUAGCGAAGAUUGGCGUGUUUUUUCAAUCAAGGCUGCUGUACCUGUCAAAAGAAAAACCGGGACACGUGACCUCAUAACUGUUCAAAUGACAACCAAUUAAAAACCGUUCAAAUUAUAAUUUGUUACGUUGGUGGACGUUGUGGCCUACGUGAUGAUUCGGAAAAAUGCGCUAUUUUGGACGUGUCACGUGACCAAGGACGGUUGCACCUUCUUUUUUUUCACACAGAAUUAUGUCAUUACUCUAAUUUAGAUAAACAGUAGCAGAUGUUUUUGCAUCAAAGUUGGCGUUGUUUUAUAAAUAAAUCAACACCUACUUGACUAUUAGCAACGUUUGUCGCUUAUAUGGUCGCUAAUUGAUGCCGAUUUUUUGCAAAUCAUCAAAUUUCAAUUGUUUUACGUAAGACUGCUUUUGCACAAUCGGAAGUUUGAAAUGAGGUUGGUUGGGUGGCACCUGAUGGUGGUGGCCGAAACGUCGCCCUGACCUUGACCUUUUUAAUCACCGGCCAUUUAUUCAAUUAUCUUCAUGUAAUUAAAAACUUCUUUAGAUACCGAACGUUUCAAAAUAUUCGAUUUUUUAUAAACUUUCUAAAAAUAGCGACUUUUACUUCUAUUACAAAUUACGGCACGUCCUGGCACAUUUUAUGUAACUGAGCGAAAGUGGGCCCAAAAUAGCCCCAAAUUUAAAAUUAUCUAUAGACUUUGCGCUACCCUGAAAUAGAAACGCCACCACCUUAUCAAUUUCUUUGACAAAUUGCGACACUUUUCUUGUUCUUUUGAAGAGGCGCCAGACACUGCUUAUCACAGGUGUGUCAGUUUAUUAAAAAAAAAUAUUUAUCGCGACCGAAAAGAGGGGGUCCAACGUGGGCCCUUGCGUGACACCCACACUUGACUCCGAAAUCUCGUUUAAAAAGUCAAGAAGUUGGUAAAACACUCGAGACUCGAACAAAAUCUGUCAAUAAGGGUGUGUCGUACCAAUUGCGUGCCUCGUAUUAUUUAAAAAACCACCGAAACAUUUGUGAUCCAUGAAUCACUGAAACAUCACCGUUAAUUAGAUUAGAUUUAUGUGAUUGUUCGACCUCUUUCUCUAAUUGAACUCUUGCGAAUAUUUAUUUUUUCAAUGUCUUCCUAAAUUACAGAACCUCACAUAAAUCAAAUCGAAUUUCAUGCACUGCUGACUUCACCACAGUGGGAUUUAAUCACAUUUUUUGGGUUGUUUACGACAUAAUUAAUGGGUUUUUUGCGAACUUGUGUUUUUCAAUUACGCAACUUAAUAGGUUUUUCUUAACCCAGGUUUAGUAAUUGACUUGGGCGAAAAUUUUGGAAAUUAAAAAUCAAAACUGUAGAUUUAAAAUUUCGAUUCAGGUUUAUUGUGAAUUCGUAAGUUUGAGUUAACUUAGCCCAGUUUCAGCCUAGGUUUAGUCACAAACUCCUAAAGGAAAACUAGCCUAAAUUUAAAAAACCUAGUUACAAACCUUGUCUCAGGUUUAGAAACCACGGAAUAAGUCAGUAAUUGUCUAAGUUUUUGUGUUCGGCUAGGUGUCUAGGUGUGAAUUUCAGGUUUAGCCUAGUUCUAAAUUCCCUUUUCAUCCAGGUUUCUUCACGUGUAGCUAAACUCACCUCAGGUUUUUUCAUCGGAUUAAUACUUUAAACUUUAGCAAAAAUAGGCUUAACUGUUUUAGGUUUAGGCUUAGCUUAGAAAAUUCGCCUAACUUUAUUUAGGUUUAUUGUGAAUCCAUAAAUUUGAAUCAUCUUAGGUUUAUUUUUUUUUUAUUAUUUAGCCUAGGGUUCAGCCAAGGUUUAGUCACAAACUCCUAAAGAAAAACUAGGCUAAAAUUAAAAAAACCUAGUUAGAAAAAUUGUCUCAGGUUUUGAAACCACAGAUAUAAGUCCAUAAUUGCCUAAAUUUUUGAGUUCGGCUAGGUGUCUAGAUGUGAAUUUCAGGUUUAGCAUAGUUCUAAAUUCCCUUUUCAUCCACGUUUCUUUACGUCUAGCUAAACUUACCUCAGGUUUUUUCAUAGGAUUAACACUUUAAACUUUAGCUAAAGUAGGCUCAACUGUUUUAGGUUUAGGCUUAGCUUAGAAAAUUCGCCUUUAUUUAGAUUUAUUGUGAAUAGAUUUAUUUGUGUAAAAAAUAUUUAGCCCAGGAUUCAGUCAAGGUUCAAUCACAAACUCCUAGAGCAAAACUAACUUAAAUAAAAAAAGUAACCUAGUUAGAAACCUUGGCCCAGAUUUAGAAACCUGGCUAACCACUUGCGUAAAUUUUUGAGUUCAGUUUUUAUUUUCAAAUCUAUGCAAAUAUCUAGGUGUGAAUUUUAGGUUUAGCCUUGUUUUUUAUCCUUUUUUCAGCCAGGUUUUUUCACGUGUGGCUAAACUUAGCCCAGGUUUUUUCAAAGGAUUAAUUAUUUGAACGUUGGCAAAAGUAGGCUCAACUGUUUUGGAUUUAGGCUCGUAAAACUCGCUAACUGUAGUUUGCAUCAUCGUAAUUUUAACAAACAAUGAGACAAGAAAAACACAAAAACAUCCUCUUAUUUCCACAUUUACACAAAUUUUAUUAAUCGUAAAACGAAUUGACAAACAUCUGGUGACGAGAUUUAUGUCUUUGACUCCAUAACCGCAAGUUUACGUUUCAUAAACAUAAUUCGGCGAUAAACCGCAAAAUCUUCGUUUCUGAGUGAUGUAAUUCCCAUCGAAAAAUUUUCUUUUAUUUAUACAUAUUGAGACGUCAAAGAUAAAUCAAUCCCUUAUUUCUCGUGACUCACGCUGUCAAUUCGUUGCGCUUUGAAGGUGAAAAAACGCAGAGCAAAACGAUUUUGACUUGAAUUUCCGCAACGAAAAAUCACUCAGUUUGCGAAACAUUGAAAGUGUUCAAAUGACUUUCUUGCAAAAAAACCACACCUGUCAAGGUGAUUUGAUUUUACCGUAUCUUGUAAACUAGAUGAUGCGGCAAAAAUCAACUUCCGAACCUUGAUCGGUGACAAUUUCUUUGUUUCAUCAUGCUUGUUUGUAACUUUCCUCUGGAGCAAUCCGCACACGUGACCAAUCCCUUAUCAAUGGUUUUAUUCACAAUCGCGUAUUUUGCCAGUCGCUAUCCUAGUAGGCCAAUGCGCGCAUCCCGGCAUUUCAGGUAAUCAAUGGAUUCGGACGGCCAUUGGCUGAUCGGUGCAGGCCUGGUGACGUCAUCAAUCAUCGCCAUCACCGCCAAUGCCUUCCUACUUCUGAUUUUUUGUCGCAGAAGAGGGCUAAGGACCGUCCCCAACAGAUUUGUUAUCAACUUGCUGAUCACGAAUCUCCUGUCAAGUCUUUUACUGAUCCCCCUCUUGAUCGUCGACCAAUCGCAGCCCGCCCCUCACCCCGCCAACGCGACCAACGAGAGUGUCGAAAUUUCGAAUUUGGUGAUCAUCGAAAAUUCGACAAAUCUCGAAAUCAUUGAAAGUCUACUCUCGACUGUCACGUAUUUCAACUCAACGCCGGCCCUCGCCAACCAACCAAUCCUGUGCUACGCCGCACAGGGGGGCACAAGUUUCGUCUGCACCCUGUCCAUCUUCAGUAUUCUCCUCAUCGGAAUCAACCAAUACUUUGGCGUCAUCCACUCGCUACGCUACCACUUCUACAUCAACAAAUGCCGAUCGACUGUCUUCAUCCUCACCACGUGGCUGGUGGCGCUAGUGUUGAGUGUCUUAAGCAGUGUGACGGAAAGUGACAGUUACUUGUGGCGCUUCUGUCGCAAUAGACCACAAAAUUCGCGAACUGUUCAAAUCCUAAACACGAUUUACGCACUUUCCUACUGUCUAGCAGUUAUUUUAGUGCCGUUUAUCGCAAUCUGUGUCAUCUACGUGUGCAUAUACACAGCGGCGCAUAAAAACAGUGAGCGCAUGCGCAAGUCAACGUCAACAAACCUCGACUGUUGCUAUAGCAACGAGCAGAGGGCGCCGCUACCUAAAGUUCGCUCAGCGCCUAACUUCAUGCGAUUUGAGGAAAUUGCCAACCCGAAAAAAGUCACUAGGACGAGCAGCGAACGCGCGAGUAACAAUUUCAUAACAUCGUUGAAACACAAAAUUUCAAACGCAUCAGUUUUUAAAUAUCGCGAAGAAACUCGAGCGGCAAAAAUCAGCGUUCUGGUGAUUUUUCUCGUAUUGUUUUGCUACGUCCCGUAUGGUGUGACACUGGUCCUAAAUUCGGGGCUAGUAAGCGUGGCAACGUCGCCAAUGGUCAAUUUCCAUACUCUGCUCCUAUUGGUGGUUUCGAACGUGAUCUCGCCCUUUUUGUUCGGUUAUCGCAACAAAAGAGUGAAACGGGAGAUAGGAAAAGUGUUUGGAUUGGUUCCGGCUAAGGCCGAGCUCACCGUCCAGAACCGGCGGAGAUCCACGAACGAUGAACCAAUGACCAGCAAGGAGCCUUUUUUAGGGCCGAACUGUACCGUACCCGAAGUGAUAGUCACGUGUAAGGUGGAAAACGAGAGAAAAAGUAUUCUGAAGCGGGUGUGUCAGAGUUCGAAUUGGACGAGUUACAAAAAAUGUAAUUUUAUUACGGUACCUGAAAGCUGUAUCAGCGGCGAGGCCAGAGGGUCGUUCUCCAGUGCCAGCACGCAAAUUUCUAAUGAAGACUGUUAGGGAGUUUUUCUAGUCGCGAUUCAAGUUGGCAGCAUUUUUUUUUACAAAGAGACUGAUGUUACUGGUGGCCAAAACUUAAGUAUUUUUAAGUUAUUAACGUGUAAAUUAUUGUAUUUAUAAAUUUUUGUAUAGCGUAAGAGCUUCAAUAACAAAUAUUGAAAAAU